UCUGUUUCUUGUUUCGUUGAACAGAGAUACACAAUGGAUAUCUACACAUCAUGUACAUUUUUAGUGUUGAUCUUGUAUGUGUUGCCUGCACUUUCAGGACAAGGUGGUGUAACUAAAGGAUUGAUCCAACUUGAGUCCGAUUACUGUAAUUCUAAAGUCUACAAUCCUGUAAAUCAGAUUUGCUGUAAUGGAAGCAUUCAGGAUCGAAGCAGUGCUCACACAAAAUGCUGUGGCCAAGUCAUGUACCUACCGACAACUCAUAUUUGUUGUGGUGACAACAAAAUGUUUGAGCUGAAGGAAAAUCUUUCUUGUUGUGGCGUUAAUUCAUUUAACAAGACUAUCCAGUAUUGCUGUAUUACAAACGACAUUCUUGAAGUGAAAAAUGAAUCUUGCCAUUCACCACCUCCAAUAGAAGCUGAACCCUCAAAGUAUGUCAACUGCUCAGGGAUACUGCACAAGAGGGAAUCAGGUCUUAAUCAGUGCUGUGGUAAAGAUGUCUACAGUCUAGCAGAUGACAAUGUGCUAUGCUGUAAUGGAAUCCUUUAUCGCAAUGUGCCUGAAAAGUCAGAGUGUGUCGGAGGUGUUAUAUAUACUCAAAACCAGAUUAAGAUGUUGAGCUGUGGUUCGGAAGUCUAUGACCACAAAAAACAGCUGUGCUGCUCAGGUCAUCUCUACAACAAAACUAAAGCAGAAUGCUGUGGAAACCUCUUGCUGGAUUAUAAUAACAAUCAAAUUUGCUGUUCCUCUUCAACCCAUGCCAUGCUUUAUGAUACCAAACAAGAGCAUUUGUGCUGUGGGCAUUACUACUACAACACGUCCCUGUGGAGCUGCUGUGCUGAACAUCUCAAACCAACACCAAGUAAAGACAGUUAUCCACCAGAAUACCGACUUAAGCCACUAACGGACCUGAUCCCUGACAUAUGCCAUAAAAAAGUGCUCUUUGGCAAAGUGGAGAGUGUGGUGCUUCGAAAAAAAUGGCGUGACAUUGUGUUGAGAGUCAUUGUGGCAGUCAGCAAGUUAUCACAAGGGACUUUACUCCAUGUGUCUCUGGAUCACUGCAGAUCUCCUGGACUAGAGAACAGCAUGACCUACCUUUGGGAGAAAAACGGCAGGAAGUACAAGCCUCUCUCCAUCCCUGUUGAUGUAACCUCUGACAUGCACAUGUUCUUUACAGCAUGUGACCUAAAUCUCAUGCAGGCCUUAAAUCAGAGUGUCAACACAUGUUCGCACACGCACCAUAUUCAGGGAGAGUUUUCAAUGCAAUUACACUUUUAAAGAGAAACAGUUGACCUAUAGGUAAGUCCCCCCCCCCCCCCCCAAAUUACUGUUGUGAACUCAGAUAGACAAAUGCCGUUGUUAACCGUCUUACAAUCACAUGCAGCUGUCAGUGUGAAAACCUUGUCCCGAUAUGUUUUAGAUAAACAGAGUGGCCACCAUUCAAGUGGGACUUAAAUAUGGCAUUAAGCGAUAUAUAAAAUAUUUUAAAAUAAAUAUUCUAGUUAUUAAUUUGGAAGCAAGGGUUUACAUAUCACAAUGCAAGUGGGAGAAGCCUCAUGUUAUGGUCGUCACAAUUCCAUAUGACAACUUCCAAAAUUCAUGUCCCGCAAGGUAAGAUAAAAUUUAUUACAAUUUUACCAGUUUAAUAUGGAGAGGCACUAAAAUGUAGAUCUUCAUUUAAGUGUUUUUGACCUACGCUGUACAUGAUAUGAGAACUGUUAGCUAUUUAGGUUGGUAUGCUAGCAUGGACUCUUAACGUUAGCUAGUUUUAGCCAGAGAUACCUUGCUAAAGCACAAGAUGACAUUAACUUUUUCGUCUUCAUUGGGAUUGGGGUUGAAUGCGUAGGGACAUUUUGCUCAUGUUUAGAAUGUAUUAUUUCUAUUGCCCAUCCUCUCAAGAUACCUGUAUGUGAUGAGUGGGGCAGGGCUGAGAGCCAUGGGAAUGAAGCUAGGCUGGAGAACUAAAUGAUAAUGAGUGAUACCUGCACCACUCUCGAUUCCCACAGAGGAGCUCAAGAAGGAUAAAAGGAAGAGUAAUAACAGUGAAGUACAAGAGAGAACCAGGCCUCGUUCUGUUCCCCAUGGCUCUUGGCUCCGCCCCACUCAUCACACUAGAAAUAGUCUUUCAAGUACACAAGGAACACUGUUUUUCCAUUUUUGUAGCAUAAACACCAUAAAAUCACUGCGAGCUUCAGAUCUUCACUGAUGGCACUGAAACCAAAAGAUUUCUGAGUUCCGGUCCCUUUGUAACUGAUACUCAACUGCCAUUGGCUUAUUUGCAUUCGAUGAGAGGGGCUUACUGAUAGGUCAACUGCGUUUUUUUUUUUUCUGAUUUACAACACCUUUUAUACUACGGGGGGCACGAUUCGCUGAAAAAAACCCGAAACGUUCGGUUCAACACACACCCUUCGGCACGCGCUGGGACCGCGGUUCAACUUAAAUCUGACAAAGCAUCUGUAAUAUGGCAUCUGUAAUAUGGAAACAUAUAUUAUAGCACAUAAUAUAUGUUUCUGUUGAUGGAGGCGCAUUCUGGAAUCCCAGAAAUUACAACAACAGCGAUUAAAAAAACAAAACAAAAAAAAAACCCUGGACAAACCAUUCACUCUUGAUCAAUGUGAAUGACUUAUGCUGGAAUAUGAGCAGUCAUUUAUUUCGUCAUCACCUGAUGAGAACAGAUGGAGACCUGAACAGCACACGUUAAUGUGUAUUUAAACUAAACUCAUUUAGGCUUUGUCAGUUGUAUCAUUUAAGAGCCCAAGGAUGCGAGCAGUGAGAAGAUUUGUGUAUGCGCUCAUCCGAAGCUCACAAAACCCGCGCCUCAGAUCGCACACAAAUAUUAAAGGGUUAGUUCACCCAAUAAUCUAAAUUAUGUAAUUAAUAACUCACCCUCAUGUCGUUCCAAACCAGUGAGACCUCCGUUUAUCUUCGGAACACACUUUAAGAUAUUUUAGAUUUAGUCCGAGAGCUCUCAUUCCCUCCAUUGAAACUGUGUGUACGGUCCACUGUCCAUGUCCAGAAAGGUAAGAAAAAUAUCAUCAAAGUAGUCCAUGUGACAUCAGAGGGUCAGUCAGAAUUUUUUGAAGCAUCAAAAAUACAUUUUGGUCCAAAAAUAGCAAAAACUAUGACUUUAUUUAGCAUUGUCUUCUCUUCCGUGUCUGUUGUGAGGGAGUUCAAAACAAAGCAGUUUGUGAUAUCUGGUUCGUGAACGAUUCAUUCGAUGGAACCGGAUCUUUUUUAACCAGUUCACCAAAUUGAACCGAAUCAUUUUAAACAGUUCGCUUCUCCAAUAAGCAUUAAUCAACAAAUUACUUAAGCUGUUAACUUUUUAAAUGUAGCUGACACUCCCUCUGAGUUAAAACAAACCAAAAUCCCGGAAUAAUUCAUUUACUCAAACAGUACACUGAAUGAACUGCUGUGAAGAGAGAACUGAAGAUGAACGACUUGUACAUGAGUCAAGAACUGGUUGCAGUGGUUUUUGGAUCACCAGUAGUUCUUUCGGACAGUUCAAUUCAAUAAACCGGUUGAAGAAAACGGUUCACUGGUUCUUUUGCGCUUGACAUAAUGGCGUCAUUGGCGAUGAUUGCCCUUGAUUCAAACCUUCAGUUUACCUGGGCUCAUAACAUUAGCACAGAAUCAGUUCGGAAUCAAUCACCAAAAGAAUCAGUUUGGUUCAGACACUCUGUCUGUCAGUCUGCUUCACACUGAAUCACACAUGCGCAGUAUCAUCAGCUCCUCGGUUCUCGAAUCAGACGCAUCUGACAGAAACGGUUCUUGACUCGAGAACGAGUCAGUCUAUUGUUUUUUGUCAUUUAAAGGAAGGAAAUGUUUAUUAAAAGGCAAAACAUUUAUUCAAUACUAAUUCAUCACUAAAAACACAAGUACAUUACAAAUUUUGCUUAUUAGUGCUACCACAUAUUUGUUGGCAUAAUACAUUUGAUUUUUCAUUACUUGAACUAAUAUACUUAUGUAUCUUAUGAGAAUAUGCAUUAUAUUUACUUCAUCUGUUAUAAUUGUGCAGCAUAUUAAAGAGGUCAUAAUGUUGCCAAAAAAAAAGAACAUUGUUUUGUGUAUUUAGUGUAAUGAUAUGUAUUUUAAGAUUCAAAAGACACAUUUUUUUCAACAUACUGUACAUUAUUGUUUCUCCUCUAAGCCCCGCCUUUCUGAAACGUGUAGUUUUAUUACAAGCUAAUCGGUUUGAAAAGGCAAGGUGUCCUCUGAUUGGCCAGCUAUCCAAUGUGUUGUGAUUGGCCAAAUGCCUCAAACAUGUGAUGGAAAUGUUAUGCCCCUUGCCAUACUGUCUAGCAUGUCCCGGUCUUAACACAGGGGCUAAAAGACAAAAACAAUAAAACCUAUUAUAAACUAGGCAUUUGCUGCAUCCAUUGGGGACAUAAUUACUGAUUAUACUGAUUUAUACUGUAGGGUGACCAUGUGAGCCAUUUUCCCAGGACGCGUCCUUGCCAGGAUUUUUAUAUUGCCUAAUAUCCAGAUAUUGGCUGUUUGUGCUGUGCAGAUUGCUCUUUGUAUGACAUUCAUAAGAGUUGGAGAGCAGAGCAGACGGCUUCUUAUGCAUUCAAAUCACUCUCUUGGUACUUUGGUUUCAUACAAUGAUCGGUGCGCAGCGACGUUUCAAGUUGAAUGAACAAACAAACACCUAACAUGUACAUGUGUUUGCAUUGCUUUGAUCGUUCUCUGUAGAUCUCACCUUCUCACGUGCCACGGUUGGUUGAUUAUGUAACAUACCUGCAUGUUAUUGGUCAAACUACUUUGGAUGUUUUGGGCAAUAUAGAAAUCCUGGCAACGACGCGUCCUGGGAAAAUGGCUCAUGGUCACCCUAUUAUACUGUCUUUUUACUCAUUGCACUAAACUUUUAUAAAGAAUAUCUCUUUGGGUUUGAGACUUUAGUCUUGGCAACUUAAAGGAUCUUAUCUAUUCACGAACAGGUUGUAACACUACAAAGAGAAAGGAAAAACUUGAAAUUGCAUCAUAUGACCCCUUUAAAUGAUCUGAAACACUGUGUGAGCACUGUGAGCAACCAUACAUUUGUCUUGUGUUUCACUUUCUUUUACAUUUAUUUAUUCUUCAUUCAUUUAUUCAGUUAUAAUCAUUUAAUCAUUCUAUUAUUAAAUGUAACCAUAUAAUCAUUUAUAAUAAUUAUUAUAGCCAUUUAUAUACUAAUUACAUUGAUUCAUUACUUAAUUAGUCAUUUAUGAUCAAUUGUUUUUUGUUAUUUUUCCAUUGUUGUUUAGUCUUAUAAUGUGUGGUUAUUUCAAGGGCUAUUUGUCUUCAUGAAUAAGAGAUAAGAGGGAAUGUUUAUGGAAAUGUAAGGUUUACUGGAUAUUGUUGUAAAGCAAAUGGUAUGACAAUUAUUAUGGAUUUGUGUUUGUCAGAUGAAGUCUGAGCAUAUGCAAUAAACUCUGCUCCUUUUUAUCAUUA